AUGAACACCUUACCAUACGAGCUGCUCGAUGCCAUCGUCGAUGAAGUUCCCAACCGUACGGACUUGGCGCAGAUUCGCACGGUGAAUAAGGUGUUCUGCGCCCUGGUCACAAGGCGUUUCUUCCGACACGUCAAGGUAAAGACUGCAUUGAAGAGUGCCUCUGAAUUUGGCGAGGUAUUAGGACGCGACAGGGUCGCUGAAUACAAGCCUAUCUUGGACCUUAUAGUGGACGCCCUCGCAUCCUCAUUUACCCGCAUCCAUGAGCUUCCGAGACUCAAAACCCUCGAGUUGUCAUUUUAUGCGACACACGAUACAUCGUACGGGGAUUUUCUAAUUAUUCAGUGGACCAUCCUCUCUGCAAUAUUAAGCCAAUCGCCCUCACCUUCUCUGACCUCUCUCACCAUCAACAGAUUAGCGCCGUUGUACCACCCCAUCUAUGAUUCCCCAUCAUCUGGCGGUCUUCUCCGCUCGCUGACCAGUCUUUCCGUCCUGACUGCUUAUCACGAUAUCUACACCGCAGAGGACCAUACUCGAAAUUCCUAUGUCAAAUUUUGGAAUGAAGCCAUCCAGGAUCAUAUGCUUGGGUCUCUUUCACACAACCUCGCCACGCUAAGGCUUCAAGGCCAGACUUUCGUCGGUCACAUCCCUGGGCCCGACCUUUCACGGGUCAAUUUUCCUGCGCUCGAGACCCUCUCAUUGCAAAAAUUCUUGUUCUACGAGGGGACGGGUGUCGAAGAGUUCAUCGUACGCCGCCGGAAAACCCUGCGGGGACUGUGGCUCGCCGAUUGCGCCAUCGCGAUAGAAAACCUGGGUGAAGGACACUUUGCGCGGGAACUGAAGGCACUGGUGUUGCUCAUCGUUCAGUCCGAUUGCCUCGACGACGAUGGCUCCACCACCGACUCUUUCGGAGAGGAUGACUCGUUGAAGUAUCCACAGCCGAAUUGGGAAGAUUGGCUCUCGUAUGACCCAUGGGAUGGGCCCGUGUGGUUUGGGGAUGGCGAUCUUCUGGCGCUCAGAGAACUUCGGCGGUUGGUUCGGUCGCAAGCGGCAGAACGCUUCCUCUCGCUCCUCUCGCGCUAUUCACUAGUGGGUUUCGGUGGAGUCGUUCGCGCGUAUGGUACUGGGGUGGAGAGAGUGGCAGAAAGAGGAGAGAGGGAUGGUACACACCCACGAGAAAACAUAAAGCAUUACAACCAAGUUGCUUGGUACUCUCUGCGCUAA